CUCUGACUCGCCAGACAGCGUGGCACCGCGCUUUUUUUCGAACCGUAAAAAAAGCACUUGCAGACAGACGCGGCGGCGCCAAUUGUAAUUUCGAGUGCAAAAAUAUAAUAAGAAAUGUUUAAUCCACGUUCUUCGGGUGACAACGGGUCCACGGAUGAUCAUCAGUUGGACAACAAUUUGGUGGACCUGCAGGAGCAGCUCUGCUGCAUGAUGGAAUCCCACGAGAUCGAUCCGCAGACACCGCCAGAAGAGCCCCCGCGCUGCUCGGCCCACAAUGUUCUCUCUGAGCUACAGCGUUCGUUCGGGGUGCUCCAGUUGGAUAACAACGCGCCGACCUUGGAAUUCCACGGCUUGGGUUGCCCGUUGCAGGAGAACAUGCAGCACAAGCCGAAGAGAUCGCGCAGACAUCGCGUCGGCCAGCGAUCGGCGGUGGGUGCUCCGGAGAAGAAGCAGAAGACAACGGGCAACGGGCAAAACAACCCGCUGGUCUCCGAGCAGAAGCAGGUGCAGUUGCAAAAGGAAAAUAUAUGGAAUCUGUGCAUGAUCGAUCCUGCUCAAAUUCAAAUGGCGCCUUUUAUCAGUGUGGAAAAGCUGCGAUCGAUUGGUUUGCAUGGAGAUUGCCUGGAGCACAAUGCCGUGCUGCGGUUAAUGGACCUGUUUAGGUCCGUGCAUGAUCAUAUAUCGGCCGAUCUGAGCUGCUCGCGCCAAAAUUCGAUGCCAUCGGACUACUUGUUCGACAUGCCAGCGAGAGCGACAAUGCCCCGCAGUCUGAACGUGCGCUAUCAGCUGCAGGUGCUGUGCACCAAAGUGGAGCGUUUCCUCACUGUCCAGCGACGCAUAUUGGAAUCAAAUCGCCACUUUGACUACGAGAAGUACACCGAGUGCGACAAGCUGCUCAACGGAUCGAAUGCCUGCCUAAAGUCCUUCAAGCAGUACAUGGCCGCCGAAAUGCGCCAUAAUCGUGGAAACUUUGUCAAUCCUUUGGCCAAAUACAAUGCCCAUCGCUUAGAGAACUUGCUGGGGAGUCUGCGCGAAUGGCUAAAGGCGUCGCAUUUGACAAUUCACGUCUUUAACUGGGAAAUGGAUCUGGAGCAUCGUUAUUCGUCGGCCAUGAUUCAAAGCCAUCAUGCCCUAAAUGCACGCGCCAUUCAACUAGCUGCCGCCGAGCAUCAGGUGGCUCAGCCAGUAUUCCUCAGCCCAGAGGAGCAACUUAUUAGCAAGCGCUAUCAGUUGGAAAAUGUCGUGCAGUGUGCCGUCGAGCAUGAGGCUUACCUGUCUGCUCUGCUCGCUCAUCCGGAGGCGUACUUCCCGCCGAAUAUUGUGGCCAUGUGUGAGCCACCGUCGGUGGGAACUGAAGCAGCUGGCGCUCUUGAGGCAGGCAUGAAGGAGGAACCAUUUAACUGGAUGGUGUAUGGCGAUGUUCUUGAGGUGCCGCCAUCUUCGCCGCCAAAACAAACCGAACGCAAGUGUCGUCCCAUACGCUUCAGAUGCUGAAAUGGAUCAGAAUGGAGCUCCAAGUGGCCAUUAACAAUGAAGUAUUACUUAUUCUGGCUAAAUUACAAGACUUACUAAACUCUACAAAUAAGAAAUCCUAUGUUGGCGACGAAUAACCAUUAUGUAACAAACAUUUAUUCCUCCAAGUCAUAACAGAAGUUUAUUAUCAUUUUAAUUUGUUAAACUAUUGAUGAAUGCCUACAGUGCCUGCUUUUAUUUUGUUAUUAAUAUAUAAUUUGUAUAAGAGGAACAUUUAAAUAAAUAUCCACAAGGUUCAA